AGCUAACAAAAUAUAAUCGUAGAAGAAGAGGCCGACCAAAAAGAAUCACAGCAGCAGAAGAAGAAACUAGCGUUAGCUGUAAUUUAUCCAAUGCCUAGCUAGCGUCGGUGCAGGUGUCAGAGAUAGUCUUAUGCUGCGAAAGAGAGCGCAGGUCGUUUUAACCAGAUCGUGACAGAGACCGACAACAUGGAGAGACAGCUGCAUUUAAAUCUUUUAACCUCCAGACCUCCCAUGGCUGGAGGGUUGCAGUCCAGCUCCAAAAUGAAAAUGGGACCCGGGCGGAAAAGGGAUUUCACCCCCCUGUCCUGGAGUCAGUACUUUGAAACUAUUGAAGACGUUGAGGUGGAAAAUGAAAAUGGCAAAGACAUUUUCAGAGCUUACUGCAGCGGCGCCCAUGGUCCCGUGCUGCUCCUGCUCCAUGGAGGAGGACACUCUGCUCUCUCCUGGGCCGUGUUCACUGCUGUAAUAUGCAGCAGGAUCAACUGCAGGGUGGUGGCUAUGGACCUUCGAGCUCAUGGCGACACCAAAGUGAAAAAUCCUGAUGAUCUCUCUGCGGACACGAUGGCCAAGGAUAUUGGCAAAGUGGUGGAGGUACUCUAUGGAGAUAACCCUCCUCCAAUCAUGAUCAUUGGGCACAGCAUGGGCGGGGCCAUUGCAGUUCACACAGCCGCUGCCAAUCACAUACCAUCCCUGCUCGGCCUCUGUGUCAUUGAUGUUGUGGAAGGUACAGCAAUGGAUGCUUUGAACAGUAUGCAGAACUUCCUCCGAAGUCGGCCAAAGACAUUUAAAUCUCUGGAAAAUGCCAUUGAGUGGAGUGUGAAAAGUGGCCAGAUCCGAAACGUCGAGUCAGCACGAGUGUCAAUGGGAGGCCAGGUGAAAAAAUGUGAGGAACCCCCCGGCAGUCCUGCUGUGUCUAAUAGCAUUGAUGGUAUUAUAGAAGAGGAAGAGGAUGAAGAGGAGGAAGAAUCCAACAAGAAAAGGAUGAAGGAGGAUGACCAAGAGGUCAAAAAGGAAAGCAUUUUCACCUGGCGAGUGGAGCUGUCGAAGACGGAAAAAUACUGGGAAGGCUGGUUCAGAGGCCUGUCUGCCCUCUUCCUCACGUGUCCUGUGCCAAAAUUGCUUCUGCUCGCAGGAGUGGACAGGCUUGACAAAGACCUUACUAUUGGACAGAUGCAAGGGAAGUUUCAGAUGCAGGUCCUCCCUCAGUGUGGUCACGCUGUCCAUGAGGACGCGCCUGAAAAAGUAGCAGAUGCUCUAGCAACAUUUAUGGUCAGGCACAAAUUCACUGAGUUUAAGGAAGCUUACCUGUGCUAAUUUCCAGUUUUCGUCUAUAUAUAGCCAGCAGCCAUAGAAGAAAUGUUUCAAGAUACAUCGACAUCCCCGUACAAUUUAACAGCAAAUUAAGGAAAAUAUACAAGCAUUAUUAUUAUUAUUAUUAUUAUUAUUAUUGCUUUUUGUCAUGUAGAUACUUUGCCUUCAGCUUCGCCUUAUUUUUUAUUUUAAAACACUGGGAUUUGAUUGUACCACUCCUUUACAAUUUAUUUUUUUAAGUAAUGCUCUCCUUGUUAAAUAAUUACAUUUUGAGUGCUUGCAUCAUUCUGACAUGUUUUCCAAAAGUGAGUGUAAUGUUUGAAAUCAAACGAUGAUUAAAGAUGGAUGCAGCACAUAUGUCACCCAUGCUUGUAUAUUCUGUGUGAAUUAAAAGUAAAAAAAAAAUCAUGAUCAUUUUAAAUGCUGUAGUUUAUUUUACAUGACGUGUAACAAGAUAAAUGUGAUUGGUGUUUAGAAUAAGUGACACAUGCAUGGAGAAAUCCAGCUGUGAGUAUUUAUUAUAGUUUUCUAUCAUCUCAUUUCACUCUAAUUUGUUCUGAAAUUCACAUUUGCAGCUCUUAAAAAUUAUAUCAGGCAUUGUAACCCCUACUCACACUGAACAUUUAAUGUGAGGGUAGCUUUUGUUCCCACGGUUAAAGCCCACUUUACAGUGAGUGCUGUUAAGAAUCAGCAUGUGUUUACUGAAGUUGAACCCAUUGAAAGAAAAAUGGCCUGACAGAUACUAGAUUUCUUUAUGCAAAGAUUUACUGGGCCUCAGGUAUUUUUCUCAACCGCACUUUUUAGUGUAGCUGUUUGUUUUAUAUCAAAUCUAUUCAGAAAUGUUGAUGUCCGUCCCACAUUUGAAUUCCUGUUCAUUGAACAGUUUACACAUGACUAGACGGG